CCACGACGAUCCGCCGCCAUCGCCCUCUCCGGCUAUCCCUCCUCCUCAUCGUCCCGCUCGUCCUUGCCGCACGUUCUCGACCCGCCCAGCGCCAUCGUCAUUGCCAGCUAGAGCCUCGCAGAACGUGGUCGGCGUCCAGCACAUUCUACGACCCUCAAUAUGUCAUAGCUGACUCCAACGUUCUUCCGCGAGCCAGUCGCCAAAGUCCGUGCCACUCUCAACAUCGCAUCUUAUCCUCUCCUUUCACGAAGACCAUCACGUACCGACGUAUCGUCCACACAAUUUCGCGCGCAAUGUCGAGCACGCAGAAACAGAAGGCUCUGCUCGAGAGUCACCUUCAUCCUCUAAGUUAUGCGGACAAGUCCUAUGAUCCCCUGAUGCAAGCAAUUGGUAAUGCGCAAAUCGUCCUCAUUGGAGAUGGCUCGCAUGGGACGUAUGACUUCUAUGCCCACCGUGCCAACAUCACGAGACGCUUAGUCGAGGAGAAGGGGUUCACUGCUGUAGCUGUUGAGGCAGACUGGCCAGAUGCCUUCCGCAUCAACAGAUAUAUUCACGGUGGUCACAUAAAGAACGGUCAUAUCAAGAAUGCACGCGACGCUCUCGCCGAGUUUGAGAGGUUCCCAAAGUGGAUGUGGAAGAACGAGGUCAUGCCAGCUUUCGUACAGUUCUUGAGGGACCACAACGAUCGGGUGAUGAAAGAUUUGAACGAUCCCUAUAAGAAGGUUUCUUUCUACGGAAUGGAUUUGUACUCUCUGCACCGAUCGGCAGAGGAGGUCCUCAAGUAUCUUGAGAAAGUAGACCCGAAAGGAGCCCAGGCUGCUCGCAUGAAAUACAAUUGCUUUGAACGAUUCGGCGAGGACACGACACGUUAUGCGUUUCAAACUCAGUUUGGGCUGGCCAAGGAUUGCCACCAAGAAGUGAUUACCAAUCUCAAAAAUCUGCUAGCAAAUCACCGCAAGUAUAUCGAGGAGCAGAAUGACGGCCACUUUGGACACCCCGCUGAGGAACAAUUUGUUGCGGAGAUGAACGCACUUGUGGUCAAGGACGCGGAAGAGUACUAUCGCACGAUGAUGUCCGAGGAUGUGUUGAGCUGGAACCUGCGCGACGACCACUUCGCGAGGACGUUGGUUGAAAUUGCUCGCCAUCUCGGUGAGAGGAACGGAAACGGCGGUACCGACCCAGCCAAGAUUGUCGUCUGGGCUCACAACUCCCACAUUGGUGAUGCUCGCGCAACCGACAUGGGCAGGAGGAGAGGCGAGAUCAACGUUGGCCAGCGUUGUCGCGAGAUUUUCGGGAAGGACAAUGUGUUUAACCUUGGUUUUCUCACGAACAGAGGCACGGUCACUGCAUCGUACAACUGGGAUGAACCACCGCACCUGCAUCGUAUGGCCCCUCCGAUGGAGAAGUCCAUCGAGUACAUAUUCGAUCAAUGGGCUCAUGACGACUGCUUCGUCAUUACGCACAAGAUUGAAGACACGGAAGACGGACGAACGGUCAAGAAGGAAGUGUCGCGGGAGCUUUCUGAGUUCCUCAACUAUCCACGUUAUGAGCGCUUUAUUGGUGUGAUUUACCGCCGUGUCACAGAAGUCAUGUCGCACUAUUCGAAGUGCAGUGUCGCUGAACAGUACGAUGCCGUCGCUCACAUCCGAGAGUCAAGAGGGAUCCAACCUCUGGAGCCGGAGGAUACCUGGAAGGGUCCCUUCAAGGGCGAACCAGACGAGACGUUCCCCUUCGGUCAAUGAAGCAGUUUGGGAGGACGUACAUGCGAUGCGUUGCCGUUGCAUCAAUGUGUCCCGUGGACUUGCUGAGAACGUUUGGUGCAAUGUAUUACUUACUACCAACCACAGGCCCCGCGAUGGGGCUUCACAUCAGAUCUGUAUGUAUAAUAGUGUUCAACAUUGUAUAGCAUGCUCCGUCAACGUGCACUGGACGGCGACUUCAGCUGCCU